UCCUAAAAAUAAUGGGCGUGUCACUCUUAAAUGUAGGACUCCUAACUUUUUUCACUAAGAGCAAUUCACAAAGUAUUUUAGGCCUAAAAGUAGCACCUAAGUCAAGGAGAGCUUAAAAGUCCUCAAGAGGACUCCUAACUCACUAAGACCUAUUCACAAAGAAUCCUAAAAUGGCUGCGAGACGAAAUGCUUUGGAGACAAUGGAAGACCGUGAGUUAAUCAAGAGAUAUAGGCUAAAUCGUGAGGGUAUUCAACUUGUUGUGGACUUAGUGCGGGAUGCAAUAACAUCCCCGACUAACAGGAAUAAUCCCAUUAGUCCCGAAAUAAAAUGUUUAGUAACACUACGUUAUUUAGCAACAGGGAAAAUGCAACUUUGCAAUGCCGACGAUUUAGCAAUAUCACAACCAUCAGUCAGCCGUGCCAUAAACCAAACUAUCAACGCGCUAGCUAGACCACAUAUCAUCCAACAGUUUAUCCGGUUUCCUUUGGACAUUCAACAAUUACACAGGAUCAAAGCCAACUUCAUGGCGAUUGCAGGUAUGCCCGGUGUGGUCGGUGCUAUUGACGGGACACACAUAAAAAUAAUUGCUCCAUCAAAAGAUGAGGACGUGUUCGUCAAUAGGAAGAAAGUGCAUUCCAUCAACACGCAGGUUGUUUUUGAUGCAAAUUUCAACAUACUGGAUGUUGUUGCAAAGUGGCCUGGAGCUACCCAUGAUUCGCGCAUUUUAAUGGAGAGCGGUCUGAGGCAGCUUUUUGAGAGGCACCAUGUACCAGUUGGGUGUCACUUGCUGGGUGACAGUGGCUAUCCCUGCAAGACGUGGCUUUUGACACCCUACCUCAAUCCACAACCGGGAGCACAGCUAAAGUAUAACAUAGCACACAAACAUACACGAAAUGUUGUGGAGAGAGGAAUUGGGCAGAUGAAACGUCGGUUUCAUGUACUCCACGGCGAAAUACGCCUCACCCCAGAGAGGGCAAGCACAGUCAUCACUGUAUGUGCCAUUCUACACAACCUCUGCAAGCGGAGGAACAUUCCACAGCCAGACGAUGAUGACGAUGAAGAGGACGAUGACCCCGAUGAUGAUGAUGAUGGCGCUCGACAACAUGACAAUGAAUUUGGCCGUGUGGAACCGAGUGGACUGGCAUUUAGGGAUCACUUUGUGAAUACACAUUUUAGUGAACUGGUACCAGCAGCAGGAGGGAGAGGAGAGCCAGUGGGUGCACCAAGAGGGAGAGUUGGAAGAGAAAGGGGUGGAAGAGGAAGAGCUGUGAGAGGAGGUGCAGCUGGGAGAGGAAGAGCUGUGAGAGGAGGUGCUGCUGGAAGAGGAAGAGCUGGCAGAGGAAGGGCUAGGAGGGGGAGAAGAGGAAGAGCUGUGUGAUGUGAUCAUGAUAGGGGGACUUGAACGGCGGUAUGGGCUGUUAUUUAAAGUGUUUUAAGUGCUGAAAAAUGCUCAUUGGAUAGUAUUUUGCAGGGUGCUUUUAAUUGCCUCCUUGAUUGAAAGCAAUUUACGUAUUUUUAUUGUUUGCUUUCUCUCUCUCUCUUGAACGUGCAGGCUACAACGUCAUUAUCGUGGUCUGCACAAACUUGUCAUCAUGCGUGUAUUCUGCUAACUGCACUGUCCAUAACUACUUCAUAGGAAUUCAUUUCUAGCCUAGUCUAUUUCCUUGUUUUUUGGUAAUUUAGUGGGCUCGUCUGAACAACCAAUCACCGCACUGACCGCUUCUAAACUCGUGCACGAGAAUCAACGUCAUCCAUAGCAACGGCGCGUCACUCUUAGUUCACUCUUAGUGAUUUAUCCUUAGUAAGAGUAGGUCUCAAAGGCUUUGUGAAUAACUUUUAAGAAAAAACUCCUACGUAAAAUGUUUUAGCGCGAGUUAGGAGCACUCCUAGCGCUAAGAUAAAAUGCUUUGUGAAUACGGCCCCUGAUC